AUGAGUAGGCAGAAGUCCUACGCGGAUAGACGAAGAAGACCUUUGGAGUUCGCUGUAGGAGACCAUGUCUUUCUUAGACUCAACCCGAUCACUGGAGUAGGCCGAGCCGUUCGUCCAAAGAAGUUGUCUCCUAAAUUCAUUGGACCGUAUCAAAUUUUGAGGAAGAUCGGACCAGUAGCGUACGAGUUAGCCUUGCCUCCUCAAUUGUCCAAUCUUCAUCCCGUAUUUCAUGUUUCCCAACUCCGGAAAUACAUAGCAGAUUCCUCGCACAUAUUGGAGCUCGAGGACGUUCGUCUUCAUCAAGACCGAACGUUCGAAAUGAAGCCAGUUCGUGUUGAAGACGUCCGCACUAAGUAUUACAAGGGAAAAGCCGUUCAUUUAGUGAAGAUAGUGUGGGAUGAAAAGACGGGCGACACUACCUGGGAAGUAGAGGACGCCAUGAAGAACUUGUGCCCUCACCUAUUUCCUGGUUUCAUGCAAAACCAAACCUGGUUUCCUGCAUUCUCCUUGUCUGAAUCAAAUUUUGAUUCUGUAAAUGAUUUUAGUUCGCAAGAGUGA